AUGCCGCCCGCGACGGCGGCCACCACUACGGUCUCCCUCCGGGAGCUCGCCGACCUGGCCAUCGGCACCCCGGAGGUGGGCGCCGUCAACUUCACGGCCCUGCACACGCUCAUCGUGGCCAUGCUCCGGAGCCUCAACCUGCAGGAGGUGCGCAUCGACUUCCAGUCGCCGUUGCCGUCGCUGGAGCCGAGCCGCACCUUGGAGCCCCCGCAGGCCGUGCUCAGCGCCCCGCAGCUGGCUGUGUCCAAAGAGAAGCCGCGCGGCAGCUUGGCCAAGCCACCGACGGUGGCGGCGGCGCUGGAGAGCCAGGUGAAGGGCCUGGGCGGGCAGGUCCAGGACCUCAGCAGGCAGCUCAAGACCGUCACGAGCCAGGUGCAGGGCAUCGUGAGCCACGUGCAGCACCUCACGGCUCCCGUCAGCGAGCUGGACGCCCGGGACUGGCUGGAGGAGGAGACGGCCAAGCUGACGCCGGCAAGGGCACGAGCAGGGUCGUUGAAAAUCGCAAAGGGCGAGCGGGCCACCGUCUCCCAGAAAGCCCUCCAACGGAUUGAUGUACUAGAGAAGAUAGUCAGAGAACGGGAUGAAUUCCUGGACCUAGUGAGCCGGAAGAUGAGUUUGAUGCCUGUUGGAGAAGAAGUCACCAUGGUCACCUGGGAGGAGCUGGAACAAGCGAUUACGGAUGGCUGGAAGGCCUCACAAGGGAGCUCAGAGACAACAGCAGGACUCCCUAAACGCAAAGGGCGCACUUCCGUAACAUCAAAUGAUAUACUUCAAGGUGGAGUCCCCAUCAAGCGCUCAAGUGCUGACCCAGCUCUGGAUUUUCCCAGUGGUUAUGGCUCAGAUCAGACCUUAUCAGGAGUCAGUGGCAUAGGAAAGCCCUCUGAAGGGGUUACCAGGGAACGAAGCAGAGGUGUCUCUGCUACUACAGUCCCGGGUAGAGAACAGCACCCAAGGGCCCGUGAUGAAGGUGGCCUGGCAAAGUCCCAUCACCCGUCUAUGUCCCAAUUCAGAGUAGAAUCAGAUCGUCGCAGGACAAGAGAGCUGCCGCCACAUAGCUUAGCCCAUCUAAGAAAAGAUGAACAAGAGGCACACCCUGGUCCAGUUCAACAGGACUUACCUGCAGCCACUGUGGCCAGAGAUCAACAUCAUCAAGUAUCCCCAGAUCAGCAUAGGGGGGUGUAUCCAAGCCAGGGUCAAAUCUAUCCCAGGCUAGUUCAGCAUGGAUUAAGACCACUUGGCACGGAUCCGCUUGCAUGGCACCAUCCUAGCACUUACCCACACGGUGUGGUACCCCUCAGCAUGGGUCAGUUUGGUAUGAUGCCACCUGAAAUGGAUGAGCAGGGCUUGGUACCACCUGGCAUGGGUCAGUAUGGCAUGGUGCCACCAUUGGUACCUGGCACAAAACAGCAAGGAGUGGAACUACCUAGUACAGCUCAGCCUGGUAUGGUUCCACGUAGCACAUAUCAGUAUGGCAUGGUACUUCCUGGCACAGACCAACAGCCUGGUGUCGAUCAGCAUGGAUUGGUACCCUUUAGUAUAGAUCAGCAUGGAUUUUUAAUAUCUGGCAUGGAUCAACAAGGAUUAGUACUGCCUGGCAUGGAUCAACAUGGAUUGGUUCCACAUCUUACAGAUCAACAUGGCUUGGUAUCCCCUGGUUUGAUGCAAGUUGCUGCAGAUCAGCAAGGUUUUAUACAGCCCAGCCUGGAAACAUCUGGGUUCAUUCAACCUAGUACAGAGGAGCAUGAUAUAAUCCAGCCUGGGGCAGAUCAACGCAGUUUGGCACCAACUGGUACAGAUCAGGCUGCUUUGGCCCAACCUGGUGCAGGUCAGCGUGGUUUAGUGCAGCCUCGUGCAGGUCAGCGUGGUUUGGUCCAGCCUGGUGCAGGUCAGCGUGGUUUGAUGCAGCCUAGUGCAGGUCAGCGUGGUUUAGUGCAGCCUGGUGCAGGUCAGCAUGGUUUGGUUCAGCCUGGUGCAGAUCAAAGUGAUUCAGCCCAACUUAGAAUGGAUCAGUAUGCUUUGGUGCACCCUGAAAUGGAUCAACAUGGUUUGGUCCAAAUUGGAAUGGAUCAGCAUGGUUUAUUCCAACCUGGCACAGGUCAUCCUGGUUUAGUGCAGCCUGGUGCAGGUCAGCGUGGUUUGGUCCAACCUGUUACAGGUCCGCGUGAUUUGGCCGAACCUGGAGUAGCUCAGCAUGAUCAGGUCCAACUUGGAAUGGAUCGACAUGGUUUGGUGCAACCUGGAAUGGAUCAGCGUGGUUUGGUGCAACCUGGUGCAGGUCAUCAGCCUGGCUUGGCACAGCCUGGAAUGUAUCAGCGUGGUUUGGUGCCACCUGGUAUAGGUCAGCCUGGUUUGGUACAGCCUGGAAUGGAUCAACGUGGUUCGGGCCAACGUGGUGCAGCUCAACCUGGUUUGGUCCAACCUGGUGCAGGUCAGCCUGGUUUGGGGCAGCCUGGAAUGGAUCAACGUGGUUUGGGCCAACGUGGUGCAGCUCAACCUGGUUCGGUCCAACCUGGAAUGGAUCAGCGUGGCUCAGUCCAAACUGGUGCAGCUCAGCCUGGUUUGGUUCUAUCUUCUACAGGUCAGCCUGGUUUGGUGCAGCCUGGAAUGGAUCAUCAUGGCUUGGGUCAACGUGUUGUAGCCCAGCCUGGUUUGGUCCAACCUGGUGCAGGUCAGCGUGGUUUGGCCCAACCUAGAAUGGACCAGCGUGGGUUGGUACAACCUGGUGCAGGUCAGCCUGGUUUGUUUCAGCCUGGCAUAGGUCAGUCUGCUUUUGUCCAACCUGGUGCAGAUCAGCAUGGUUUGGGGCAAGUAGAUCAGCAUGGUUUGGUACAAGCUGGCACAGAUCCACAUGGCUUUUUUCAACCUGGUGCAUAUCCGCCUGGGUUAGUACAGCCUGGUGCCUAUCCACGUGGUUUGGUCCAACCUGGUGCCUAUCCACAAGGUUUGCGUAGUUUGGUUCAACCUGGAAUAGAUCAGCAUGGCUUGAGGCAACCUGGUACAGAACGAGGCUUGAUACCACCAGGCACAGAGCUUCGUGGCCUUCCAACAUUCCACCCUGAGUUUCCAAGAUUUUUCUUACAUCCCUAUCAGCAUGGUGUAAUACCUCCUGAUAGCUAUCAGCAUGAUCAGGUGUCACCACUCCUAGCCAAUCAAGGUUUGGCAUCACCAGGUAUUGGCCAAGAGGGUUUAUCAGAAACUUACCAGCAAGGUUUGUUACAUCGUGGCACAGACCAGCAUGGCCUAACACCAUUAAGCACCCGUGUGGGAUCUGUACAGCGAGAUCGACAGCAUUUGGUAUCACCUGGCCCCGAUCAGCAAGGCCAGGUACAAGCAGGUACAGACCAGCGUGACCGUGCAUACUCUAUCCCAGAAUCUCGUGACCUAUUGUAUCCCAGCCCUCAGGGCCCAGGCAUUCUGGGGGUAGAUCCGUACGUCCAGAUAGGUUUGGAUCCAAGACAAAUAUAUGCCUCAGACCAACCUGGAAUUUCUGUCUGGACUACUCCAAGCCAAGCAGCCGCCUUUGCCAGGAGCAUGGACUCUCUUAACCAUCUCUACCGAGUCUCAUCAGAAAAGAGUGAUUUCCAGAGCGAAAGACAUGAUUCACUGGAUAAAUUGGCUCCGAGCUUCCCCAUGGCAGUGGAAACAUUUCGUCUGAUGGGAGAGCUCAUUGGCCUCUAUGUAGAGCUCAAGGAGAACAUGAAAGAGCUGGAUGAGGAGCAGGAGGGCCAGACCGACUUGGAGAAAAUCCAGCACCUGCUCGGGCUCAUGGUCAAAAAGAGUAUACCCGCUGACCUGCAGGAACAGCUGAAGACCUUGAAGUCCUUGACCAAAGAAGUUUGGCAGGAAAAAGCAAAAAUGGACAGGAUACAGAGAAUCCUGGAGGGCACCGGGGAGCAAGAAAUAGGAAAAGAAAUGAAGAAUGGCCAGCUGAGCUUGCAGCUGGGAAUCCUCAGAGUUACCGUGGCUGACAUUGAGAAGGAACUGGCCGAGCUGAGGGAGAGCCAAGAGCGGGGCAAGGUCAGCAUGGAACAUUCAGUCUCUGAAGCCUCCCUCUACCUGCAGGACCAGCUUGACAAGCUCAGGACGGUCAUCGAGAGCAUGCUGGCCUCGUCUUCCACGCUGCUGUCCAUGAGCAUGGCUCCUCGCAAGACCCUGUCAACCCUGGAACCUGGCCAGAUUGAGCCUGAGGCCACCUGCCCCGCCUGCAGCCUGGACCUGAGCCAUCAGGUCAGCCUUCUGGUGCAGCGCUAUGAGCAGCUCCAGGACAUGGUCAACAAUCUGGCAGCCUCCCGGCCUUCCAAGAAAGCCAAGCUCCAGAGCCAGGAUGAAGAGUUGCUGGGCCAUGUCCAGAGCGCCAUCCUGCAGGUACAGGGCGACUGUGAGAAGCUCAGUAUCACCACCAGCAACCUCAUCGAAGACCAUCGGCAGAAGCAGAAGGCCAUUGACGUACUGUACCAGGGUCUAGAGAAGCUCGAGAAGGAAAAGGCCGACAGGGAACACCUGGAGAUGGAGAUUGACCUGAAAGCCGAUAAGAGUGCCCUGGAGGCCAAAGUGAGCCGUGUCCAGUUUGAUGCCACCACGGAGCAGCUGAACCACAUGAUGCAGGAGCUGGUGGCUAAGAUGAGCGGGCAGGAGCAGGACUGGCAGAAGAUGCUGGACAAGCUCCUGGUGGAGAUGGACAGCAAGCUGGACCGCCUGGAGCUGGACCCCAUGAAGCAGUUGCUGGAAGAUCGCUGGAAGUCCUUGCGGCAGCAGCUCAAAGAGCGCUCUCCACUCUACCAGGCAGACGAGGCGGCGGCCAUGCGGAGGCAGCUCUUGGCACAUUUCCACUGCCUCUCUUGUGACCGUCCCUUGGAGACAGCUGUGACUGGACAAUUUAUCCCUGUGACUCCUGUGGGCCCAGCCCUGCCUGGGCACCGUUCCCUCCGCCCCUACACUAUCUUUGAGCUGGAGCAGGUCCGGCGGCAGAGCCGCAACCUAAAGCUGGGCAGUACUGCCUUCCCUCGGGGCGAGUUGGCACACAUAGAGCGGAGCGUGGGGCGCCUGCGCACCAUGCACUCCAAGAUGCUGAUGGACAUUGAGAAGGUGCAGAUCCACUUUGGAGGCUCGGUCAAGGCCAGCAGCCAGAUGAUCCGGGAGCUGCUGCAGGCACAGUGCCUGAGCUCCCCCUGCCACAAACGGGUGCCGGACACCGCUGACUACACGUACUCGAGCGUACCCCGGCGCUGUGGGGGCAGCCACACCCUCACCUACCCCUACCGCCGCACCCGCCUGCAGCACCUGUCCCAGGGCCUGUACCCCCCCGAGGAGGUCCAGAUCGCCAUGAAGCAUGAUGAGGUGGAUAUCUUGGGCCUGGAUGGACAUAUUUACAAGGGACGGAUGGAUACAAGGCUGCCAGGCAUCCUGACCAAAGACAGUGAGUCCUCCGUCUCCGGGAUGACCAAGCACAAGGCCAAGCAGUCGCAGCCCCACGUGCACAGGCAGCAGUCCCUGAGCGACAACGGCCAGCUGCCCUCGAGGCCUCAGAGUGCUCGGAUGCUGGCGGGCAACAGUCCAGCUCCUCCUCGUCCGCGGAAAGACAGACCCUUGUCCUCCGAGGGGCACCUGGCCCAGCCCAACGCGGCCCACCCGCCCAGCCCCAGCGAGAUGGAGAUGCAGAUGGACUUGCCUCCCGGGGAGGGGCUCGAAGAGCCCACCCGGGGACCGCGGUCCACCACUGCUCAUUGA